AUGCCCAGGCCCUGCCAAGGCUCCCGCGGCAGCACGUUAGAUCCCAAGGAGGAAUGCUUUACAGGUUUGGCAAAUCCUGUUCUUGAUUUCUCCUUGACAGAAGCCAAAAGGGUUUUUGUUAACUUCCACCUAAUUUUAGAUGAAAAUGGUCCAUCACUGGAAAUACUGACAGAUGUCUUUUGUAUCAAAAGCCAGAAAAAAUAUUUAGGCAUGAGCCCAAGGCUGUUGUUCUCCAUGAAUUCAUCCAAUGUGGGUCCCAGUGGGGUCACAGGUCCUGCCAAGGAACACUGCUCCAAGAAAUCAGUGCUUACCCAGCCAACAUUUGUUUUUGAAAAGAAGGACCAUUCUUUGAAGCGGCCUGCAGAAGACCCAGUUUGCAAAGCUGAAAAUGAUUUCAUUAGCUGUUCCAGAAAACGUGCAAGAUCAUCAUCUUUGACUUUCCAGAAGUCUGACUCUCAGUCUAACACUGAUACAGCUCUCACACAGCAAAGAGGGAGAUCAUCUUCAUUUAACAUCCUUCCUACUUUCCCUUCCUCCCAGACAGUAAAGAAGAAUAACAUAUUCAUGACCUCAGCUCUUCUUCAAAGAAAUCCUGACAUCAUCAAAAGUACAAGAGAAGGAUCCUUGUCACCAAGUCAGUUGUGGAAUGUCAUUAGACCUGCCACUUUACAGCCCCCACAAGCUCUGACCUGUCCUGAAAUUCCUGUAGUAUCUCUAAUGACUAAGAAAGAAGCAUGUGUUCAGCUAUCUGAAGACAGCUCUUAUUCAUCCACUGAGAAUUCAGUAAAUUCCAAAACAGCAGUGGGGUCAUCUGUUACCAUGAGUCUUUCCACCUCUCAAAAAACACAAAGUCAGUUGCUCAAAGAAAGAAGUGUACAAAACAGCAGCAAUUCUGAUUUUGUGUUUGGGGAAAACAUGGUUGAAAGAGUUUUGAGUCCUGAGAGGCAUCCCAAGCUGUGUAAUGAAGCUGAUUUACACAAAGGAGAAAUAACAUCCAUGUCCAUAGGAUCUUCUCAUGUCAGGGCACAAACAAAAACACCUUUGUUGAGGAAUGCAACGCUAAUUGUAUCAGCAGCUGCUUGUGUUUCCAAGCCAGUGGAUAAAAUCCUGUUAGAUAAAGUUGAAGUUAUAACUGGAGAAGAAGCAGAACAAAAUGUAUUGCAGAUUAACUGCAAGCUCUUUGUAUUUAAUAAGCUUUCUUUAAGCUGGACUGAAAGAGGCAGAGGAUCCCUGAGGCUUAAUGACACUGCCAGCAAUAAGCAUGGAAUGUUGCAGUCAAGGCUAAUUAUGCGAAAUCAAGGUAGCUUGAGACUGAUUCUCAACACCCAACUCUGGGAGCAAAUGGUUAUAAAAAGAGCAAACAGAAAGAGCCUGUGCUUCACUGCAACAGAUCAAGAGGACAAUUCUAUUCAAGUAUUUCUAACUCAGGCAAGAUCAAAAGACAUUGAACACCUGUAUGCAGCAAUACAUCAUCGCCUUGUGGCCUUGCGAAGCUUUGCUGAGCAAGAGCCAGAUGCUCAUCAAGUAGAUACAGAGUCAGAAACAGCUUUUCAGCCAUUAAACUGUGAUAGUGAUGAUGAAGAACUAACUCAAGUGAGCAGCACUGGAUCUGAUCAUUCUAGAUGGAACCGCAGGCGGUCUGUUGUCUGCUCAUGAUAUCUGCCAGAGGUUACAACAGCUCAGCUGGGAGCUCGUCUUCCCAAAAUGUCUAAGCUGACUCAACCCCUGGAAGCAGGAAAUCAGAUGAAUAUUACUUUAUUACUUUUAAGUAGAGAUUAAUUUUAGAGACAGCUUAAGUUUAAUUCAUUGAGAAAGAACUUCAGAUUCACUAUUGAGGAUUCCAGGCAGCCUGCUUUGCACUGAGCUGUGAAUAACACCAUGACUUCCAGUAGUCAAGAACUGUUACAAAGACUUCCAAUUUCAGAAUUAAAUAUAUUUAGAUACAUUAUUAGAGUAUGGAAUUUUAUAGGGAAUAAGUACUUGUUCAUCAUAUUGAUGGAUAAUACCACAUAAGCAUGAACUAAUAAUAUAUGUGAACAAAUAUUUGUUACUUUUAAUCUAUUAUUUUAAAGAUACAUUUGGAAAGCUUUAAAUUUUGCUUCACUGAAAAAAUUUAUUUAAAAUUUUGUGGUAACAUUCAGCAUCCUGCUUGUAAGCACAUACAAGCAAAACCUGGGGUGGCAGUUUAGCAUGACCAAGGCCUAUGGAAACGAGCUUUCAUACAACGGGUUUUAUUUAAUGUUUAUUUUGAAAAUAUCUGGAGUGGUAUACUCGCUGCAGAAUUUUGUUUAAGGGAAAAGAACCAUGAUCUGCAUCUUUCAGCUGUACGCACCAAAAGAAUUCACCAUGAAGGAAUAAAAGCCCAUUCUAAGGGCUAUACGAGCUUUAAAAUUUAAAGUGUAUCUGCUUGCUCAUGAACACCUUUCUAAAUGAAGAAAACAAACACCUGCACUUGUGUAUAUUAAUUGUCCAUUUAAUAUACACAAAUAUAUGCAUGCACAGUACAACAGGAUAUCUACAUUUUUAAAAAUCCCUUAAAUGUGUGAGAUUAUCUGAGAUGACUUCUGCCUUAGGUGUUGCUAUCCCUAACAGCAUCAUUCAUUUGAGUAUGUUACAAAUUCUCAUGUGCACAAUAAUCCCAACAGUGGCCAAGAUACAGCUGCUCUGUCAUUCCACAAACUAUUGCCGUCUACCUAAACAUUUUUGUGAGAAGAAAACUCCUAUUCACCUGUGAUUCAAGAGAUGCAGGGUAAUUCAUGCAAGCCCAUGCACAGUAACACACAUCACUUAUGUUCCAUGUUUUCAUUCUGUCAAAAAUAGAAUUUGUCUGCAAUGUCUCCACUGCCACUUCCCUGAUAUCCUGCAUAUUUGUCAUCCUCAGAGCUGAAACAAUGUUCUGAAAUAUCUCAAGUCCUUUUAAUUAAGGUAAUCGUAAUGAUUUCUCAAUCUAAAAAGCUGAAACACACCUGAUCAGUCAAGUUACAAUUUAGUUUUCCCAUCUGAACAUAGUAUGAAGUUGGAACAAUACUAAUUUCUUCCUGUAUUCUCAGUGCACUGCCAAGAUUAGUAUCCAGAUGAAGUUGAAAUGUUCUCUGGUUUACACUGAAUGUAAUGGCCUACCAAAAUUAGCACUUCUCUGGCAGUGAUUUAGCAUCUGGAUGACAGUAAAUUUAAGUGGAACUUGAUUUUUGCCUUCAGGAAAAAGUGAAUGCUUCCCAACACAGCACCUGUGUCAAACAGUGAAGCAUGGGGAUUCUCUUUUACUCCAGUCUGCCAAUAACAAAAAUACUGUUUCCAUAACAAGCUGUGUGUCCUUUGUUAACAGCCUCACUCCUGACCACAACAAUAUUUACAUCACUGCCCUUCAUAUUUCAUUGCUGCAACUCAUCCUCAGGGACAAAGCUCCAUGUUAUAAAAACUUAGGCAGUUGUAAAACACAGCAGCCCUAUGUAUUUAGCAACAGGUCAUGGUGAUACGUUUGCCCUGGAGUUCAGCUGGCUAUGCACUGAAUGCAGAGUCUGAUUUCAAAGUCUGUCCUGAUAAUCAAAGCUUUCUGUGAAACAGGAUUUAAGCACCUUAGUGACAUGACACCCCUCUAAAUUCUACUACAGCUGUAAAAUCCUUGGUAAAUGAGGGAGGUUUACAGGGCAGAGACAACAGAACUUUUUCAGAGACAGGACUUAAACUUUUUCAUUUGCUCCCACAGCAUACAGGACAAAGUUUAUAAAUAAAAGCUCUUUUGAUCUGCCUCUUCCCAAGAUCCUUACAUGUAUACACAAGUAUACAUAUAAACACACACACUCAUGUGUACACACACUCCAACAUGAAGCUUCAUCUCCUAAAAGCUGAGGAGGAAAAGAGAUGUUUAUUUUAAAGACAUUGGAUACUUUGGUAAUAGAGGAAAAAAUUUUUGCUCUUAAGAACCUAAUUAUGUGUUCUCUUUGUAGUCUCACUGCACUAAAAUUCACUGUUCCUCAAGCCUGAAAGUACACCACUAUGUAAUGUAUUAACUUGGUUUUAAAAAUGUAGUUUGUCAUUUAUGACACCUGGAGACCAAUUUCCGUGCCUCAACAAUAAACAAUUUUUUUACCACUUAAA